GAUGCGCGGCAUCCUGGGUUGCUAAGCUACAGAGACUCACAUGCCAACAAAAAGCCCACAGGCUUUAUUAAGUAGGUGAUCUUAUUUUUUCGGUUUAAAAAUAAUUUAUUUCUGAAUUUAUUGUACAACUAAAAGAAAAUGCUACAAACUGAAGUUUUGAGUGAGGGAAAAGAUGAGACUGGACCGUCUGUUGAGGCCGAAAAUCCUGAUACCAGAAUUGAGGCUCGUCGAAAUCGUAUUGCUGCUCGAGUCCAGGCCAAGAGACGACAAGCCGUUGGAGAUGACAUCCAGAAGAAGGCAGAAAUUAAAGAGGAAGCUCGGCCAAGUCAAAGACAGAUGGAAGAAAGUGAAAGACACAUGGCUAAAUUAAAAGCAGAUGGCACAGAGAGAGUGACCAACAUUCUGGUGGUGGCUGAUUCCAAGGAGUUAAAGAGGAGAGAGGAAAUAAGGGAGGCAAACAGACUAAGAUUGGAAAAGCUGGAAAAUGAGGCCAAGUCCAGCACUGAGAAGUUCAGUAAGAUCUUAAACAAGUGGACUGAGGCCAAGACCAAGGUGAUCCACCAGGAGCUGAGAGACGAUCUAAGAAAGCAGCAACAGCUCUGUUGUCAAAUCGUUGAAGACAAGAACAAACUCAUCAAGGAAUUACAGCAGGAGCUGAAAGGAAGAGAUGAUCAUUUUGUUAAAGACCGUAAAAGGGAUGCAGAAGAAGUAGAUCUCCUAAUUGAAAGGAUGCAGGAACAGAUAUCAAGUCUGAAGAAAGACUAUAGAAAAGAGCUGGAUUUAAUUGAGAGCUCCUUCGGUGAUGAGUGGAAGGGUUUACUUACAGACAGCACGAGCAAAUGGGAGCAUCAGAGAAAUGAACGAAGCAACAAAGAGCUGGAGUUCUUGCUGCAGAGAAUGAAGAUGUUGGAGGAGCACGAGACCGUGCUGGAUCGUCUGAGAAUGGAGAGCGCAGAGGAGUACAACAAGCUCAAAAUUAAACUAGAGACUGAUGUUCAGCGCCUAGAGCGUGACCUGCAGGAAAGGAAGGCUACCUACCAGCUUAAUCAGGAGAAGCUUGACUACAAUGUACAAAUGCUGAAGAAAUACGAGGAAGAGUAUGCUGUUAGUAAGGCUCAGCAGUUAAGGAAGAUCACCAGACUGCAGGAUAUGCGCAACAAUCUGAAGAAAAAAUGUGCUGUUCAGGAAAAACAAUCCCGUGAGGAGAUACAGUCAGUGACUAAUAAGUAUAACCGCCUCAUGCAGCAAUACAAAGAUCUUCACAAGAGGAAAAGGCAUUUUGCGGGAGUUUACGGCAAGCGUUACGAGGAGGUUUGGCUGAUGAAAGAAGACGAGGCCAAAGGGUUAGUGAGCAGAGCUGUGGACUUGGAUAGAGUUAUUCAUGAACAGAUCCUGGGCCUGUCCUGGAGUCCUCCAAUACUGCCCUUCAUGGACCAUUCCAUCCCCAAGCAGCCUCAGCGUUCAGCUCAACAAGUUGUCGCACAAGUUUUGGGAGAGGAGGACGAGACACAAGAUAAGACAGAGCAAGAAACAGAGCAAGAGAAAAGUAGAUUGGAUGAGUCUUGCAGUCUGAUGACUUGGGUGGAUCGUAAAACAGUAAAGAUUGUGCUGGAGCUUCUGUGUGACGAGAUGGGAUUUCUAAUAGAAAGUAAUUUACGCGAGCUAGUCUCAACCAUGGAGAAGAGCGAACAGACUGCUUUGAAGCUGGAUUCCAUCUUUUCUGCCAUGGGGAUUAAGAAUGAAGAGGACAUAAACAAAAUGACUACGUUCAUCUUGAGAUAUAAACUUCCCCACACAGAGAAGGAGGACAUGUCAGUGAAUGACCAGGCAGAGAAUGAGUGCAGUCUUAUCCACCCAAAUGACCUAUUGAGAGCUCUCCGAGCCUUCACUGCCCAGUACUGUAAAACCAGAGAAAUGCCUCGAGACAAGGGAAGUGGUCUAAUGUUGGAGAGGAUGAAUGACUGUGAGGCCAAUGCAUACUGGGAGAACAUAGCUAACAUCAUCCCUGAGUCCAAACUCAAAGUCUGGAGGGCGUUGGAAGCAGGUCUCAAGAAGUACCAUACUGAACUGACUAAAAGGUCCAAGCUUCUGACUGAAACCCAGCAACUCAAACAACAAAAUUCAGAGCUCCGCAUGCUCCUGCAAAAAUACCAGAACUCAAAGGUCAAUGCUGAGCUGAUGUUUCCACCCAUGCAGAUGAGGCAAUGAUGAGAUGCAAUCAUCAGAGCAGAUGUAAUCAAAUGAAUGAAAAUCAAUUUAAUAUGUACUGUAUUCUAAUAUUUCUAGAUAAAUAUUUAGUUUAGCUUCAUUUGUUUUUAUUGUUUUGUCAUCAAAACCAUGAUGGGGUUUUACCUGUGCAUUUAGUCCAUUUGUAAAAUUUCCUCACUACUAAAUAUUCCACGGUCAACUGUUUGCAGUAUUAUAACAAAGUUGAAGCAAUGAGAAAUAACAGGAACUCAGCCACGAAGUGGUAGGCCAUGUAAAAUCAGUGGGGUCAGCGCAUGCUAAGGUGCACAGUGUUCAGAAACUUUCUGCAGAGCCAAUAGCUACAGACCUCCAAACUUCACAUGGCCUUUCAAUAAGGUCAAGAACAGUGUGUAGAGAGCUUCGGAUGCAGUGGUGUAAAUCACUGGAUGCCACAGGACUCUAGAUCAUUGGAGACGUGUUUUCUGGAGUGACAAAUCAGACAUCUCUAUCUGACAAUCAGAUGGGUGAGUCUGGGUUUGGCGGUUGCCAAGAGAACAGCACUUUCCUGACUGCAAUGGGCCAUGUUUAAUGUUUGGUGGAGGAGGGAUUAUAGUGUGGGGUUAGUUUUCAAUGGUUGGGCUUGGCCCCUUAGUUCCAAUAAAAAGUUACUAUUGAGUUGAUGAUAUGUCCUGUCCUGUGUUUAGUUAAUAUACUUUCAGAGAAAAUUCUGUGUUGAUCCACAUUUGGAUGAACUGUACGUUUGUCAAAAAGACCUGAUGUCAUUUUCUGUGUUCUCAGUGACAACAGUUGCAUUGUUGGUGUACAGAUUAUUUGUUGUGGCUUUUAGGGCCAAAUGUGCCUUACACUCCUUUUCUUUGGCAGAAACGGCCCAUUUUUGACAUUUGGGUGAAAGUUCAGUGAGACAUUAUGACACCAUUAUUUUGCAUUAUGGAAAAACGGACAUUGCGCUAUAAGUCAAAUAGGUCCACUUCAAAUUAACAUCAUUUUAUUAUAUGAAAUGGCACAGAAAACAUCAGGAAUUCCACAACAUGCACAUGUAUGUAUGUAUGUAUGUAUGUAU